AGAAAUUGAAGAUCCGCAGAGGAAUGGCCCGUCCCAGUUCAAGUAUGGCAGAUUUCCGAGAAGCUUUUGCAAAGGCAAAGCACGUGGCUAUUAUUACAGGGGCUGGGGUCAGUGCCGUGAGUGGAGUUCCAACUUUCAGGGGAGCUGGCGGAUUCUGGAGGAAAUGGCAAGCCCAGGACCUGGCCACCCCCUUGGCCUUCGCCAAAAACGCCUCCCGGGUGUGGGAGUUCUACCACUACCGGCGGGAGGUGAUGCUGAGCAAGCACCCGAACCCGGCGCACCUGGCCAUCGCGGAGUGCGAGGCCUGGCUCGGCAAGCAGGGGCGGCGCGUCGUGGUCAUCACCCAGAACAUCGACGAGCUGCACCGCAGGGCGGGCACCGAGAACCUCCUGGAAAUUCACGGGAGCUUAUUCAAAACCCGAUGCACCAGCUGCGGGAACGUGGCCGAGAAUUACAAAAGUCCAAUAUGCCCGGCUUUAGCAGGAAAAGGAUGAGGAAACUGA